AUCGAUUUUUUUAAAAAAAUCUACUUUAAACUAAUUGUCGUUCACUUAAUUAGUUUUUUGUUUUCCCUCCAUCACAUUGUUAAUUAGUUCCAUAUCUGGAACUGGAAACAGAAAACUUGAUAUAUUAGCUCUCCAUGCACAAUCUCCUUUUCCUAUUUCUUUUUGUUCAUAACUGAGUAUUUUGAUUCAACCUUUUUUCUUUUUCCUGGAGAAAGAAAAUUUUAGGUCGUAGAAUGUUAAAUCAAAAUGCUUUCAAAGAAAUCACUGACAAUGGCUCUUAAUCGAUCGAGCCGAAAUGAAACUUACGUGAUUUCUUUUCAGUUCUGAAUUCAUUUCAUUCUUAUAGCUUCCAGGAGAAAAACAAAAUUAGUAAACACAGAAUAGAUUAUUUUUUUUUCUCUUAGAAACUAUAUUGAUUUGUUUGGCUAUUUCAUUAUGUCAACCUACAAAAUGAAGAGCCUCGUGAAGGGUCUUAGGUAUUUUUCUCAAAUAUUUGGUGAGUUUUAUAUAUAUAUACUAUAUACUAUCUUCUCUGAAUGUAGCCUAAUAAUUUUGUAAAUUUCUCGUUUUAAUAUUACAUUUUAUGAUCAAUUUGCAUAACGCAGAAAACGAGAAAGAGGCAGAGAUGCAAAUUGGAACUCCAACAGAUGUAAAACAUGUUGCUCACAUUGGUUGGGAUGGAGGCUCUGUCAAUCAUAAUCCACCCAGCUGGAUGAAAGAUUUCAAAGUAUUGGGUGGAUAUUCACCGGCGCUUAUCGGAAAUAUCAAGGAGGAUGCUUCAUGCAUUUUUGAAGAUUCGACUCGGUCACGUGAUAUACCGAGACUUCCAAAAUCGUCGAGAGAGCGUUCGAGCACUUUAGGUGGUUCACCAACAAAAGAACGAUCACGACGACGUGGAUCUUCACAAUAUAAUGGAAACCCUAAAGUUUCACGGAGAUCAUCAAAAGAAUCUUCUGCUAUUCCUCAAGAUGGUGGUUUUAAUAAGAAAUCUCGUAGAAAAAAAUCAAAGGACUGUGUAGAUGGUGGAUCUAGAAGAUCGUCACGACGAGUACGUGGAUCUCAAGUAGAAUCUAUAAGUGAUUCUUCAUCAACGUCUGAUGCAGGAUAUCUAACUUAAGACGAUAAAAAUUUGCAUCAAAAUAAAUAACAUAGGUUACUAGGGAAAUUCAAUUAAGCUAGCUACAGUGCUGGUUCUUGUGAGGAUUUGUUACCUAUUUUAUUUGAUUAGUUUAAAACCAACGUGCCUUCAUGGCUUCAGAAUAAAAUAAAAUAAACAAUUUCCCCAGUUGC